AUGUGUCGUCGGCGUGGAUGGCGGAUGAAGGCGACCUCCGACGAGCUUUCAAACGAAGGUUUGUCAGCGAAGGCUUCAAGUGGCACACGCAGAAGGCGUCGAAACCGGCACACUGAGAACAGGAACGAGAAUUCGCUGACGAUGCCAUGCGGAAAACAGCGUCUCGUAUGGAGGCCGAAAAGUGGCACAUGUGGAGAGCAGCUUCCGAAUCUCGACAGCAAAGCCGCGCAGGACAAUGGGGGUUUGUCAACGACGCCGAGAAGUGGCACACCGCCUCCAGACCCGGAGCACGUAAAGCCACGAAGAAAGAAGGUGAGCUUGGGUGGCGCCAGUACAGCCACAGGUGGUACGGGUGGCCCUUCCGACUCAGAGGAUGUUGGCGAUGGUGAGUGUCAGCGUGGGCUCUUAGAGGGGCCUCCAGAUCCGGAAAAUGUAAAGCUCCGUCCCGCAGCCAUGUGUCCUCGGCGUGGAUGGCGGAUGAAGGUACGACCUGUUGCUGGCGCAGGAG